GUCACACUUGGACAUUGUUAGGAGUUGUUCCAUAGUGAGUCAAGUUUUUGGCGCCGUUGUCGGGGACCUUCUAGAUUAUUAGGAAAGGCCUAGGUUUGAUACUUUAGCGUUUUCUUUACUUUUUUAUUUUUAUUUUCCACCCUUGCUUUUCACUUGGGUGUUUUUGUUUUCGUUGGUGCAUAUCUGAAACAUGGAUCCUCAUGGCUUCUCUAACCAUUGGGGGUAUUUACCGCCAUUCGAGUGGUAUUACCCCGAGACUUCCUUGAGCAAUCAAGAUGAAGAAGACUAUGGAUUCGGGUUCCAGUACCAACCCCCUUACUACGAAGAACAGCCGGACCCUUGGACAUUUCAAGAACAAUAUCCUUAUCAAGAAGAAUUUCUCCCACAACCAGAAGGGCCAUCGGAGUUGGAAUUAGCCAUGGCGGCCUUCACAGGCCAAUCUGUAGAGCCAUGCAACAACCCACAACAAGAUCCAAACUGUCAAUUGAGACUUCUCAUUGAGCAGUUUGUUUAGGACACCGAGACAUCCUUUCCCAAGAUGGACCUCCUAAUCCAAGGACACCGUAACUAUCUCAAGGACACCAUAACUCCUGGACGACGACAGUGCAACAAAAGUGUCGUUUCUCAGUAAGUUACGGACUAGGAAGGCGAGUUACAACCGUAACUUGGGCCGUACCUCGCGGACUCUCUGUCUAUUUAUAGGUUGCUCGGGAAAUUUGCAAAGGAGGCGAUUUUUGAGAGUUCUAAAGGUAGAAACCAAACCCUAGAGAGAGAGUGACGAAGAGAAACCCUUGGGAAAGGAUUGGAGCGAUCUGAGGACAUCGCAGCUCGAGUCCCAAACCUCAGAGUACCAAUUAUCCGCCAGGAGCAGCCUUCCAUUGUCACUUUGAUGAUGUCUACUUCAAGCAUGUCGUUUUCACAUCUCUCCAUGGAGUAAUCUUCCAUUUCAUCUGGGCAUGAAGAACCCUAGCUGUGUAUGUUAGGAAUGAUUGUAUGAACCCCAUGUUAUGAAUGAUUGAUUGGUUGAAUUCAAUUGAGGAAUUAUUCAGAAUUGCAUUAGUCCUUAUCAAACUUGUGUAAUUCCAGCUUUAACCUAGAACGAUAGUCUCUGCAUAGGUUAAAAGAGCAACCUUGAAUUGAAAGUGGUGAAUCGAUUGCUUUAGUCGAGAAGUUGAUUCACUGCUCCGUACUGGAACAUAAGGUCAGUAGUGUAUACUGGUGGAGGUUAGUCGCCCGCCGAGUAUUCGAAUUAAGAGGGUCCGGACCA